AUGUCCGCUUACCUCUGCCUCUCCGGGUGUAUAUCCCGCGCUGAGAAGGCUGGCGAGGCGCGUGAGAGCAUUCAGACCUUGCUAACGGUUUGCGCUCAGCUGUGUCAUCCGUGCAACGUUGAUAUUGGUUCAGAACGCCAAUCCGCAACACAAUCUCUGCGAUGCGCCCUCGGCACUAGCAUGUGCGGUUCGCGAGCGGAAUUCUGCGGCUUGUUCGCGCGCGGCGCCGAACUGGGCCAGAGCGGCGGGUUCGUGCGCGCCGCUCGCACCGCUCACUUGCUGCGAGCGAUCGCUGAGCUAGACCACACUAUAGUGCAGGUCAGUGACUCAUCAAUAGUUAUCAUUCCUUUAGUUAUCUUAAAGAUAUUCUGCUGUAAGAGGGCGGAAUUCUGCGGCUUGUUCGCGCGCGGCGCCGAACUGGGCCAGAGCGGCGGGUUCGUGCGCGCCGCCCGCACCGCUCACUUGCUGCGAGCGAUCGCUGAAUUAGACCACACUAUUGUGCAGGUCAGUGACUCAUCAAUAGUUAUCAUUCCUUUGGAUAUAUUAGAUAUAUUAUACUAUAAGAAGGCGGAAUUCUGCGGUUUGAUCGCUCGCGGCGCCGAACUGGGCCAGAGCGGCGGGUUCGUGCGCGCCGCCCGCACCGCUCACUUGCUGCGAGCGAUCGCUGAGCUAGACCACACUAUAGUGCAGGAAUCGUUCGGAGAGGGCGGCUGGCCCCUGGAAUUCCGCGCGGCCGUGGCGAGACUGUUGUCACAACAUGCUCCCAGCGACAAGGAGGCGCCGAGGACCACGGCUUUACGUCUCAGCAACCAGAGACUCGACCAGACCCUGUCGGAGACCAUGGUGCUUGACCUCAUCGUGUUGGUCGGGUUCGUCGUGGUCAACAACCCACAGUUGCAGGAGACCAUAUGUGACGGUUGGAGCGUAAUCAAGACUUUAUGCACUUUACCAGCCAACUGGCUAGUGUCAAAGCCACACAGCCAUUCUCUACUACCGACUCUUAUAGCUGUGUCUGACAGGGAAUCCGCCGCUUUAGCUAUAGCAUCCGAACUGAGCGUGCAGAUGCUGAACGAAUAUCUGGACAGCCCGGAAGCUCAGAAGGUCAAACUGGUUCAGGUGAUUAAACAGGGACGCGCCAAGAAGACAGGGAAGAAGUGAGUGAACUCGUAGAAGGGGAACGGUAGGAUAACAGGAAGGCUUUGAGAGAGGAGUGGGUUCGGAUGAAUGUGGUAGUAAAAGUGAGGGGUCAACACCGUAUCAAGCAAAUUAAUUUUUCAUUUACAGUCUGUUAAUUGCCAUCGAUUAUUACAUAAGAAGAGAAGGUAAUAUGGGGAUGGGGCGAUCAUGUCUUAUGAUAUAUAUCUUUUGUUAUAUUUUAUCUUAUGACGGCCUCUGUGGCGCAGCGGUAGUACGCUUGCCUGUGACAUCGGCGGUCCCGGGUUCGAAUCCCGGCCGGGGCAUGAGAAAAGAACUUUUCUGAUUGGCCUGGGCCUUGGAUGUUUAUAUAUAUAAGUAUUUAUUAUAAAAUAUAGUAUCGUUGAGUUAGUAUCUCGUAACACAAGUAUCGAACUUACUUUGAGGCUAACUCAAUCUGUGUAGUUUGUCCCGUAUAUAUAUAAAUUUAUGUGCCUAUAUAUCUUAUUCUACAACAGCCUUUGACAAGAAGAUAUGACACUUGCCCCCCGGUUUUCUAAUACAGGUACACCUGAACUAAUUGGCGUUUGAGGUCUGAUGAAGUCUAGGUACCCACUUAACGAUAACUGGAUAAAAUCGUCUUAUGUAAUAUAUCGGUGGCUAUUAGAAUUCUGAUACGCUGUUGACUGUUAGGAUAAAAAAGGUAAAAAUUCGCGAGGAACGGUAGUGAUGUGCGUUUACAACAAACAGUAUGCCUUGAUAUUUAUUAUAUUAAAAUUAAAGGCGGAAUGUAGGUUCAAGUAAUCGGCGAACCUUUGAAUGAUGCACGUCACUGCGGUUAGGUUAAAAAGAGAUGAACGAUAGCGGAGUGGUUAGGAAAAAGUUUAAAAGGAAUGGGAAUACGGUAGGCCUAAAGAGAGCUGUGGUUUUCAUUUGUUAUAUUCCUUUUUUUGACGUGGUUGAAUUUUCACCGCUAGAUGGCGAUAGAAGCUAAAAAGUCCGCUUGCCUACCGUAACCAGGAAUCUUGUAGUAUUAUUAAUCUUAUAGGUUACUUCAUGACCAAAGGACUUGGCUUUGUCUUAAGAUUUUAAGGUCCUAUUAAAGCAUAACUAUUAUAAUAAAAUAAAGCAACACCUUAACCGAAACUUCGACGAAAAUAAGGAAUGACGCUUGUUAAAAACAUGGUUCUUCGACGAAUGCAAAGGUAUAUGCUUGCAACCUGCUUUUGGCAUACUAUUUCUUUCAAGAAAACAUGAAGAUUAUAUUUAGUAUGAUAUGAUAUGUUACAAUUUCAAAGUUACUCGUUAAAAAUGACAUCAGACAAUUCCAACAAACAUGCUAGGAAAUCUUAAUUUGUUUAUUAAUUUCGCCUUAAUAAUAAAAUCGAAAACCACAGCUCGAACUACGAAUUUAUAAAAUUGGGAAUUAAACGACGAGCAUGUAUGUCGUCCUAAAUUUUUGUAGAGAGGAAGACAUAAACUAAACACAUUUAAUCGGAAUGUAUGUUACAAUAAUCAGUGUUAAAUGUUGUCCUAGAUCCUGUCAGUUGUUAGUUUUAUAUUAAUACUUAUUGUAGAUUUUAAAUCUUAAAAUUGGAGGUUUAAUUCUAAAUAACAUAUUGGCCUCUGAAAUUUACUUCGACAAAAGAAACGUACAUUUUUUUCAAAAUGAUUUGAAUUGUCCUUAUUGUUUAAACAAUCGGUUUAUUUUGAAUUAAUAACAUCGACCUUUUUUAAUUUUUUCGACGAAAGUAAGGUUCAAUUUUUAAGACUCGUAAAAAAGUCAUAAAUUCUUUUGAGUUUAAUUUUUUUUUUUUAAGUUAAAUUUAGCUAAAUUGAAUAUACCAUUAAUUGGCAGUCAAACCUAAGGGACAAAUUAAUAAAACCCAAAGGUAACUGCUUAAUAUCACAGAAAGCAUAUUUUUAUUUGUAAAAAAAAUAUAUUUUUGUUGUAUUUUGUAUCAUUUAUUAUUUUUUAUUUAAUUUAUGUUACGAAGGUCUGUGAAAUUAGCUAUUAAUAAAUUAAUUAAACACUGACAGGACUACUAUAGUAUAACCAUUAUAUAUUAAAAAAAUAUUGUAAUUCCAAUAUCGUUGUCCUCCCCACUCCAAAUAAUAAUAAUCGGUGUUUUACUGAUGUAGUACCUACACUUUUUGAUGUCACUAUACCUAUUUUUCUAUGGACCUAGAUUAGACUCGAUUAUAUUAUACUUAUAUAUAAAAGAAAUAUUUUCUUUUGUUUCUGUUAAAUCUCAAAACUGAAAUUCGAAAACUUGAAAUCUUCAUAUUUUUGUAACGUAACAAAUUUACUUAUUUAUUUUUUUAAUAUUUGAAAUUAAUUCGAGUUUUCAAAUGACAGUGCUUUGUAUUUUUCGUUUUAUUUUCGAAAGCACUGCAUUGAUUUAUUUUUUGAGGUUUAAAAGUCGGAAGCGAAACGUCGAGAGGGAUUAGAGUUAAUGUUAAAAUUAAAAUUUGGUCGACUGAGUCUGCAUUUAAUGAGGGGUAUUCCGAAAUAUCGCUAGAUGGCAGCACAGUAAUUUUCUAUUAUUCAUUAGGUAGGUAGACUACGAGAUUUUGUUUGCCCGACGACUUAUUCUUCUUACCGAUAAAGAUGGAAAUCUUUGCAGAAAGCCAUCGUCUAUUUAUAAAUACAAGUAUUAAACGAGCAUGUAACGUACCUUUAUCUCGGACGUUUCAAAUCAUGUUACAUGUGAUCCGUGGUCACCGAGCGACUGAAAACCAGCCGGCUACUGCUCCGCCUGCACAGCAGAAUGUUCUUCUACUGCCAAGUUAACAGGGCAACUACCUUCACAAUACUAAGCAGUGGGUUGUGAAAACAUUUGACGUAGCGAAAUAAACAAUGAAAUGACAGACCUGUCCAUUUUUUUGACGUUACUGUGCUGCCAUCUUGUGGUGCAUUUUGGGAAAUCCUCGUUGAAAAGUUUCAGCGGUUGUGGAAUAUUUGACACUUUAGCGUUUCUAUCGCCAUAUGAAAAAAAAAAAGUCUUUUUUUUUCUUAACAAGCAAAUAGCGACUUGGUCCAGUUUAAAUGAAAUCAAUUUUGUAAUUAGGUUUUCAACUACAUACAUACAUACAUACAUACAUAAAAUCACGCCUCUUUCCCGGAGGGGUAGGCAGAGACUACCUCUUUCCACUUGCCACGAUCUCUGCAUACUUCUUUCGCUUCGUCCACAUUCAUAACUCUCUUCAUACAAGUUUUCAACUACCUUGAUUAAUAAUUGCUUGAAAAUUUGAGCAUACAGAGGAGUUUAGACUCAUCUCUUUAAUAUAAACUGAAAGCAAAAUGGGCGAUUCUGCAACGCUAAAUUAUCAAAUUUUCAUUGUUUUUCUAACAUAAAAAUUCCGUUUGGAUGACGUAGACAAGGUAUUAAGGCGUGUGCUAAGCGUGCCUCGCGGGGCAAACUUUAGAUUCGGUCGGGGAACAUUAAAAAUUAUGUUAAGUAUUAACUUAGGAUUGCUGUGAUAAAUGGUUGAACGAUUGUAGGGAAGGUUUUGUAUCA